AUGCGUUUAUUCGUUGGUUACAAAUCAUCAAAUCAAAGCUUUAAGCAAUUAGAAGUAGAAACCGAAAGAGGUGAUGCUGGUUAUCUUCAGAUGGAUUGCGCCCGUGAAUCUUUCGCAUUUGCAACAUAUAAACCAAAAUCAGAAAGGAAAGUUAAAAAGUUUGUUCAUUCGUUAUAUAAUAAUGUUCAAAAAUAUGAUAACUCAGUAUGUGGUAAAUAUAUUGACCCUUCAGAAGUUUUCAAGAAAGCAAAUGAAGAAGUUGAUGUCACUUUUGAUAUGAUUAUUCCGGUAAAUGAUUUGUUAGCAUUUCAGGCGUUCGAUGAUUAUCCUAAAUCAUUUGGUGAAAUCAUUCUUAAAUAUUAUGUUUUCAGGGAUACUUUAGUAUUUUGUCAGGUUGACCCGUUAAGAGUUGCUGAUUUACAAAAUUACGUUUAUGAAAAGAUAACUGAUGAAAAUUAUGAAAAGAUUAUGAAUCAUGUUUAUAAAUAUGAUCGCAAAUUCCAACAAAUCGGACUUCCUGCCAAAUUAAUUACAAGCUUAGCCGCUACAUCUGCUGACGCAACAGUUGAAGACGUUAUUAUUUCAUGCACAAAGAUGGAAGUUUUAGAGGAUAAAUGCAUUACACCAGGAUACGGUUUAAUUGAAGAAUCAGUUAAAGCAAUACCACGUUUAUUUAGUAAGGAAGAUCCAUUCAUGAUUCCAGCUCAACAUAUUGACGUUCGUUCACUAAAUGGAGGUUGCAUCACUCCUGAAGGUAUCAGCUCAGAUUUCUCAUACGCUCUUCAUAAUGUUACAGAUGUUGUGUUAACAUUUCCGAAGAAUGCAAUGCAAAGAACGGUUUUAGAAAAUCCAAUGCUUCGAGGUCUUCAGGUCACUAUAGAUUCCAGAAACUUCCCCGAUCAAGCGAUGACCACAGUGG